AUGCCCGAAAUCCUCGAGAAAGUGGCGGAUCGGUCAGAGACUGGAGUCGAGUCGGCGAAGAGCCCGACCACUCUCCCCGCAGCCACUGCAAUCACUCCGAUCCCAACCCCAACUCCAUCCACUCCUCUCCCCAAUCCCUUCCCCACUCUGGACGUUCCAUCGAUCAUGAACAUGCAACUAUUCCUCCAGAAACAGUCGGAGCUCUUCCUCCAACAACAACAACAGAAAUUUUUGGAGGCCGCACAGCUUCAACUCGGCGGUUCACUUUUCCCAAUGCCUCGAAUGAAUCCAUUGCCGUUCAGCGGGCCGUUUACCAUCGCUUCACUUACCGCUCAAACUGCGCCAAAGCCAAGAGAGGGAGCAGCUACGGAUGAGCCACGAGAAGUAACGAGAAGUUCUCCCGUUCAUCCAUCACUCAAUCUACACGAGCCUCGUCCCGGAAUGUCGGAUUUGAAUCGAUCCGAUCAUCUCGAUUGCUCACCGGAUGGAUCGACGAGUCCCGAUGAGAAUGGGAAAAGGAAACAGAGAAGAUACCGUACAACUUUCUCGGCUUAUCAAUUGGAUGAACUCGAAAAAGUCUUCGCUCGCACUCACUACCCGGAUGUUUUCACAAGAGAGGAGCUCGCGAGUCGCGUCAAUCUCACCGAGGCUCGCGUUCAGGUUUGGUUCCAAAAUCGUCGUGCCAAAUACCGUAAACAAGAGCGAACGACGAGCCAUCCCUACGCUCAUCCACCAUUCCCGAACAAUGAGAUGCCCUACAUGGGCCAUCCAGACCUUUUGCUGGCUGCUUUUCAACAACAGCAACUUGAAUCAAUGCUGAUGAAUGGGAACACGUUGGCUGCAGCCGCUGCAGCCGCCGCCGCGCCAAUCCAACGAACUCCUUCAUCGCCGACAUCCGAAGAGAACUCUCCGACCAGCCCCAUUCCACAAUCAGCUCUCCCACUUCUUCCACCCGAUCAUCCACUUCGAAUCCUUUCAAUGACCAAUCCGACUCUUGGAUUGAUUUACAUGCAACAGUUUCAACAAGCUAUGGAAGCAAUGAAGAAUAUUGGAGGAAUGCCUCAGCUCACCUCCGAGCGUCUUUCUGAUCAUCACGAUUCACCGGAACCAUUACCGACGAAAUCCCCGAAAUCCACUUCAAUCACUAGCUUUGAUCUCUCGUCGAUUAUUGGAAAUGUGAAGAGUGAAGGGCUGACGAUUGAGAAUCUCUCGAAUGAUCCCGAUUCUCCGUCCAGUCAUGCGUCGACUCGAUCACCGUUUCCCAAU